AUGUCUGCCGAAUACAAGGGCCAGAACCCUCUCGAUAUCGCCAAGCAGGCUGAAAAGGACCUCAACUCACAUGCCAAUGUCCACGGUACCGAUCCCAACACAGCAAACCCGAACCGCGGUCCCAAUGCAAGUGACUCAGCAAUCGAGUCCGGUAUCGAUGAGUCCGCGACCAGCAGAUUCCCUGGCGCCACUGUCACAGUAGGCUCUGGCGCAUCCGGCGCUGGUAACAACCGCGAUAUUCCCGAGUCCGAGGGUGGUUCUAUCAACCCUGCGACCGGUCAGCUGUACAAGGCUGGUGACUUCGAGAAGGGUGUCGGGGCACCUGAGACCAAGGAUGCUAGUUAUGCAAAGAACCACGGUGGUGAGCCAGAUGCCAACGUGCCCGUAAGGCAAGGACAGGGCCAGACUGGUAGAUAG